GCACCGACUACGUAAUAUGUGACGGCAGGACGCACUAUUUCGUUUAUUAGAAAGAGCCGCUAAAAUGUCAGACCAAACUGAUGCGGGUAGCUUGACUGCGCUACCUGUUAUUGAGUGCGCCCCGACGGGACGUAGUAUGAUUCAAACUAUGGUUGGAGGGGAAGUCGCUGGCAGGUACUACCAAACCACGACGAGAAGCAACCCGAAAGACCAGAGCGCUAGGAGGAUAAGAAGAGCGGAUAUUCACGGAGUCCAGAAGCCAAUAAAUAAGCCUUCUUCGCCUGUUCUUAACCUUGUUCAAUGGGUGAAUGCAGCAUCGUCGAAAUACGAUGAGAGCUGUGGGUAUAAGCAUAUACUUUACCCAAGAAUCCACUCCGGCAGCGCUCACCUUACGAGACAGGGGCGUCUACUGCGUCCGAGCGGGGUUGUUACUGAUAUUUAAAGCAUUGUAUCGGGUAAAGAAA